UAUCCUGAUUUUUCUUAUCCAGUGGCCAUCCAGUGCCUGGAAACAGCGUUUGGGGUCUCCAUGGAAGAUCAAAGCCUGGCUGUGUCCCAGACCCUUCCUGAAAUAUUUGAAGCUGUGGCAGGGAAGGAGCUGGAACAUUCCAGAACGAACUCGGAGCCCGUGACGCCCUCGGAAGAUGACGUGGCCGAGGCUGAAAGGCUCAAGACAGAAGGUAACGAGCCCUGGGCUUUGGAUAACGAGGAUUUGUUAAUUAGGAAGGGAUCUGCAUUCCCUGGCAGCUGGGGAAUGCUUGGAAUGGGACGAGGGAAAACUGGGAAUGUUUUCUGUUCUGUUUCUAUUUCUCGCUCUGCUUUGGGUCUCCUGAGGUUUUGGUGCUGGAGGAUUUUGGAUCCCAGUGGGAUUUUUAUCCCAAAACUCCUGUGGGGUGUGGAGCAUCCAUCCCUCCUGCUCCCUCCUGCAGGGCUCUUUCCUGGGAAAAACAGGGAUGGGCGGGAGGAGGAUUUUGUGCUGAUCCUCAGGGAAUUCCUGGAUAAAGCAGAUUUUGAUCUGGGCUGGGACGGGAUUUCCCUGCUUGAGCUGGGAAUUUUUUUGGCUGGGAAUUUUGGGAAUUUUUUAAGCUGGGAAUUUUGGCUGGGAAUUUCCUCCAGGGGGAUGAAAUCUCACUCCCAGCAACCUCCCCAUGUCAAACCCCAAAACCCCAAACUCCCAAACCCAAUUUCCCCACUCCAAAAUCAGAGAAAGAAAAGGAACGAUCCCAACCCAAAGGAAUUUUCCCAGCCGGGAGGACCCGGGGUGGGGGUGGGGAAUUCCCUUGGGACAUCCCAGCUCCUUCAGCAUUCCCAAAUUCCCGAUUUUCCGCCUUUUCCCAGAGCUGCUGCCUACAGCAAGCUGGGGAAUUACGCCGGAGCCGUGCGGGACUGCGAGCGAGCCAUCGGCAUCGACCCCGGCUACAGCAAAGCCUACGGCAGGAUGGGGUGAG